UGCAGAAUCAGUUACUGGAAAUGAGGACAGACUCUUCUUCGCAGAGACUGAAAAGAUUAGGGCUGCUUUGUUCCCCGAGCUGACACACGAGAAGGGAGAUGACGGAUGGCUGCGUAGAGACUGACUUGAGCACCGGGAAGGGGGAAAACUCCGGAGGAGAGCCGCAAGCGUCUCGCCUGCAGCCUCGGUCCUCUGGAUAUCUCCGAUCCUCGCAGCACAGGGCCAUGGAUUUCCCCCAGCACAGCAAGCAAGUCCUAGAACAGCUGAACCAGCAGCGGCAGCUGGGUUUGCUGUGCGACUGCACCUUCGUGGUGGACGGCAUCAACUUCAAGGCCCACAAAGCCGUGCUGGCGGCCUGUAGCGAGUAUUUCAGGAUGCUCUUCGUCGACCAGAAGGACGUGGUGCACCUUGACAUCAGCAACGCAGCAGGCCUGGGCCAGGUUUUGGAGUUCAUGUACACAGCUAAGCUAACUAACCCCGACAACGUGGAAGACGUGCUGGCCGUGGCGGGUUUCCUCCAAAUGCAGGAGAUCGUUAGCGCUUGCAACGCUCUCAAGUCCCUUGCCGUACUGGCAGAAAGCCCCACCAAAAGCCAGCAGCCCCUCGCCGAGAUCGGGACCGACAAGGCGACCGUCGAGGACAAGGCAUCAGUGGCAGAAGCACUGGGUGAUCUUCUCAAACUAAAACCGGUUCCUCCUGACGCAGAGGGGGAAGGAAGAGACACCCGUGGCUGCAGCAGCAGCCUGACGUGCAAGCAGAGCAGCUGGGCGGCCAAGAAGGGGCAGAUGCUGCCAUCCAAGAGGGUCCCAAAGUCGAAUUUCCCAGCCACCCGCAGCUGGCGGAGGAGCGUGGUCAGCAGCAACAGCCCCGUGGCAAAGGGUGACAUCUCUCCGGGCGCCGAAACCGGAGAGAUGGAGCUGGAAGGGAAGGAGGAAGAGGGGGAGAUGACCGCAGAGGAUGAAGAGGAGGCUAAAAUCCCUGAGGAAGAGCAGCCCCGGUUAGAAAAUGGAGAAAACGCUGAAGAUAACGAAUCGGGAAGCACCGACUCCGGGCAGGAGAACUCGGGCGAAACCCGUCUGCUGCGUUCGGGUACUUACAGCGACAGGACCGAGUCAAAAGCCUACGGCUCCGUCACGCACAAGUGCGAGGACUGCGGGAAGGAGUUCACCCACACCGGUAACUUCAAGCGGCACAUCCGUAUCCACACCGGCGAGAAACCCUUCUCCUGCAGGGAGUGUAACAAAGCCUUCUCCGACCCGGCUGCGUGCAAAGCCCACGAGAAGACGCACAGCCCGUUGAAGCCCUACGGUUGCGAGGAGUGCGGGAAGAGUUACCGCCUCAUCAGCCUGCUGAACCUCCACAAGAAACGGCACACGGGGGAGGCCAAAUACCGCUGCGACGACUGCGGCAAGCUCUUCACCACCUCCGGCAACCUCAAACGGCACCAGCUGGUCCACAGCGGGGAGAAACCGUACCAGUGCGACUACUGCGGGCGCUCCUUCUCCGACCCCACCUCUAAAAUGCGGCACCUGGAGACCCACGACACCGACAAGGAGCACAAGUGUCCCCACUGUGACAAGAAAUUCAACCAGGUGGGGAACUUGAAGGCUCACUUGAAGAUUCACAUCGCGGACGGGCCCCUGAAGUGUCGGGAGUGCGGCAAGCAGUUCACCACUUCAGGUAGCACGGGGUUGGAGGCACAGAAACCCAAUACCAGUCCGCCUGCUGAGUGCAUCAGUUGUCCGUAA